CUCGUUUGUAAAAAUUCUUCUUGUGUAUUUUUGUGUUGCUGUUGAAUCAUGAUGACCAUAAAAAGUUGAGUUAAGAGUUUCAAGUAACAGUUCAUGUUGUUCACUGAUCUGAUUCCAUUUUCUUUGCAAAAAGAUUAAGAUUGGCGCUGCCUUCAUGUUGCGGUUUUUACCGACUUCUACCCUUUUACGGGUCCUCCGUUCCUUUCAACUACUAGCCGCACUCGUCGCAGCAUCCGCAGAGGUACGCGAGAGAGGGAGACUAGUCGCCGAGCUGGCAGCAGCAAGGGCCUACGCGCGCUUAGAAGAAAGGGGUGAACAAGGACGGCAACGGAAUCAUGAAACUGUGUCGCUCUCAGAUGCAAAGGAGGAACCAGUAUCCGAGGAAUUGGUGAAUGGAGGUGAAUUUCAUGAGCGUUCAGGAGUUGGAGUUCGACAGCAAGGCUCAUCGUCAAGAAGAACAGAUGUUGAAGUUGAGAGUUGUCCCAUCUGUUCGCCACAACCUUCAGAAGAUAGAAGAAGAGGUGUUGCAUCAUCUGUACCAGUUCCAGCACACCAUAUACGAACAAGUCAACUUGAUGUACGACAACAUGCAGCAACUCCAACAUUUUAUCAAAGCAGAAGUCCCGUUUCAAGCCCGACUCCUAGAAGUCCCGCGCCGCCAAUUAGUCCGACACCUAGGCCGAGGACACCAAAGACUACAGCUCAUGUCAAAGUUGCAAACUCUGGAGCUCACCUGCAGGGGUCGGGAAGCAGUGGUCCACUUCUACACGGAUUUGGAACUACAACGAUCGUUCGCGAGUCAUCUCCGCCUGGAAGUCCAUUGGUAGGUGGACCGGCUUCUCCACCUCUUGCCGGUCCGAGGAUAUUGUCUUCAAGGUAUAGUUGUUCUGGGAUAGGGAGCUUGUGCGGAGGUGCUUCAUCUUCGCGAAGAGUCGGCCCCGUUGCUGUAAAAUCCUGUAGUUCAUCCCCACAGACGAGCAGUAGAUCUCCUCAACCUAAGCCUAGGGUUCUAGAACCAUCGCCAAGAAGCUUUCGCACCAGUACCACUGUUUCUGGAUUCGGUUCAACUGGAGGAGCCUCUAGCGCAUGUCGUGCAGGACCUUCUCCGUCUUGUAGUUCCAGUAAAACAAGCGGUACUGAAAAAAUGGGAAACGGAACAGGACCACGAGUCAACCCUACAAAUUCUGUUGAACAACCUCCACCUGACAGCAACCCUCACCCUGUGCAGGUGGCAUUUCCUACAGAUAGCACAAAUCCAGCUCCAGACCAUCAUCAUGUUCACCCUCAUCAAGUUGUCCAAGCCGCAACUACUACGUCAUUGUCGGGAGCAACAACAGCAACAGGAUCAGGAACAGCUCAGCAGGGUCAACAUCAGUCACCUCUUCCAACAAGAAUGGUUUCGACGGCUGCGGCUGCACCGUUCUUAGGGAACACUUUUGGAUGUACAACCACGCAUGGUUCUCCCGUAAUAGCUUCCAGACAUGCAUUUAUUGCAUCACCGCGAACUCCUACAGAUACGCAUCUUCAACAGGCCUUUAAUCCUUGCGCACUGCCUCAGCACAGUUGUCUUGCAAGUGGGUUGCAUUCAAAUCAACAUCAAGCGACGGUGGCACAGGGACCUCCUCAAUCUCCGAUAUUCAACGCUCGAGCUAUCUCACCCCCGAUUGCGGCAUAUACUUCUGUGCUGGGCCAACCAAUGUCGAUGCCCGUGAAUGCCAACUACGCCAGUAAUGCUAAGAACUCGAUAUUCCCAAAUCCUGUAGUGCAGCAACAUCAUGUCGAUCACCACCACCGUCCUAGAGUUGUACAACAGCAGCCAGUUUACCAAAGUUCUUGGAGCAGGCUUGGUGCUCAAUCUCCACGUGGAAUUUUUAACCUUGUUGAAAGUAAAAAUAUCGUUUGUGAUAUAUGAUCGACACGGGAACAAGGAUAGUCUGUCCUUUUGCAAGGUGGUCGUCCUUAUUCUUGUUGUUGUUUUUUUUUUGGCUUCUAUCUCUAUGAGGGCGAUCCUCUUAGUUAGAGCCACACUUCGUUUGUAUCACGUCUGAUGUCUGUGAAUUUUUAUUUUAUCCGUUGCAAAAAUAAGUAGGCACGACCAAUUGCACAUACUAUUACUAGUAAGUUGCUUGUUGUUUUCGCUGUGUGAACAUCGAUCUAUGAUAAAGGUAUUGAUAUGAGAUAUUGGCAUUCAUAUUUAGUGUUCCUGCUAGAAAAUGAGAAUAGACAUCACACAAUGCAUUCAAUUGAAUUGCAUGUUGUAGUAGUUCUUCUUCUUGCGAGAAACAUAGGAUUAUGUUGAAAAUUUCGAAAAUCGGGCUCCACGGUAUUAAUUUGGAUCUCGACAACAUAAUCUUCAUAAUGUACUUCCGUUCCCUCAAGUGAAUAUUACUGACAAAAAUUAGAU